AUGCUCAUGACACUUCACUCUCCAGCUGAGGUCGCCGACAGCCCGUUACCGAUCCACCACGUGCAGCAACACCUCCUCGGCGCCCAUGGCAGCUCGCCGUACGGGUCACCACCCAAAGACGCCGCACAACAAAGGUCUUUGUCUGCAAGAGGUGAUCACGCUCCACAAGCCUCGCUGGUGGCCAACAAGCUCGGCUCUGCAUCUGUCUGUGAGGGGGAGGGUGUUGAGGCGGAGACAGUCGCGCUUGCAGAAGUACAGCAGCGCGGCCCGUCUCCCACGGAAGCCGGUGCAAGCGAUGCGUUGCUGAAGUGCGUUGGCCUCGGCGCCGUGGAUUCCGAGCGUAACGUGGAUGAAGAGAUAGACGCGAAGGGUGGAAGCAAGCGCGACGAGGCAAGUGGCAGUGGCAGCAGAGAUGAAAUUGCCUUCGCACUGAGCGGCAUGCAUGAUGCUUGUGUCGUGGCAAACGUGCUGGCACCGCCGUCAGAGAGGUUUGCUGUCGGAAGGAAUGUGGUGUCGAGCAACCACGGCGCCGCUGAUGGCAUUGAUGGCUUUGAGUCUCGCUCCGAUCAGCCACUGACCUCCUGCUGCGUGGACCGGCGCUGUUACCCUGACAGCUGGCGACAGACUCGGCCGCGGCGCCACGCGUUCGAGCGCCCGCUGCACUCCUAUCAGAUUGCAGGCCAGAUUUACUGCCUGGUGAUAGUUAUAUUAUUUUGGUCUAGCGUGUUUUCGGCCUACGUGCUGCUCUACACCCAGGACAAUCAGGACUGCAUGGCUGAGCUGGUCACCUUUGCUUUCCUCGUGCUUGCCGGGACGAUAUGGCUCUACGGGUCCCUCAUAUUGAUCUCCUUCAGGGACUGUGCAGACCGCAGCAACACGGGUGAGCUCUGCGUGUUCUGCCGGCGCUGCACGCGCUUGAGCUCGAAGCACUGCAAGGCGUGUAACAAGUGUGUGGAGGGAUUCGACCACCACUGCAAGUGGCUGAACAUGUGUGUCGGGAGGAACAACUAUACCCUGUUUUUCUGCUUCGUGAGCGGAUGUGUCUUCAGCAACUUCGCGACCCUUGCCAGUGUCAUCUGCUUGCUCGUGCGAUGGUGGCAUAUGCUGGCGAAGAAUCACAACGCGUACUUCCGAGUGGGCCCGAUUGUGCUCUGCUUCGGGGUCCUUGUUAGCCUCGGCCCCAUUGUGUAUUUGCUCGGAUUUCACGUCUACUUGCAUCUUAUCCUGAAGACGACGACGUACCAGCACAUGGUGGGCAAGCGUGAGGAGACCUUCCAGAUCCUUGUCGAGAAGGAGCCCCAAAAGACGCAGAAAAGGUGUUUCUGCUGCUAG